CCGCCGGCGAGAGUCAAAGCGAAAGCGAGAGCGUGUUUCACGCGCUGACGCGAGUUUCGCAGCGACGAAGGUUAUUUAAAAAUGGCAGACGCGUCGUCUUCCGACACUACCUCAGAUUGCUGCAAUGAGUGUUUCUCUGACAUUACGUCGGAAAAAUCAGAAUGCGUCGUUAUGGGACGCAAACCGUGCCCGCCGCAUCGUCGCAGCAAACGGAAUUUUCUGCAGAAGCUGCAGAUAAGGGAGAUGAGAGGAUGUCUGUCAGUGCACAAUUAUGCGUCAGAGGAAAGACUGUUCACAAGUGUACCUAAAUGGCGACAUUUACCUCUCUUACAUGUAAUUCCAAAGUCCGCGCUUGAAGCAGGGCAUAUUUUUAUGGGAUUAACACAAUGUGGUCAGUUUCUGCUUACGUAUACUUACACACUGGAUGUUGGUAGUAACACAUCUUUGUACAAAUAUCUGUUACAUUGGUGGGCUUUUACACCAAAUCGUGUAGCCCGCAAAGUUGCCGAAGUCACAUUAUUUGGCAAUUAUACAAUUUAUAGAGAAUUGAACAUAGUUAUAUCACAAUGGCCCAUGGAACGGAACAAGCUUGUAAUACAUGGCCUCUGUUCAAAUUUUUUAAAUUUGCAUCCAACCGAUAGAGCAUAUUUAACAAUAACGACAGUACCAUCUCUUGACAAUUGUAAGGAAUGCUUGAAAGUUGCCGCAUCAUAUGAGGAAGAAUAUGAAGAAUUAGCUGCGAAUUGGGACGGUUGCGUGCGAUGCAACUGCCUGCAGCACGGACUGACGGUUCAUACAACGUACGAAGUCAUCUCGCCGUAUCCAAAAUUUCGAGCCACGGUGUGUUUGAAUUACUGGAAUCACGUGGUCGUGAACACGGGCAAUUUUUUGCACGUUCUUAGGGUAGAUCUGAACAUACCUAAAACGAAGGGUCAUGGAACAUGUGAUAAGCAGGAUAAUUCCGGACAAGAACCCAUUGUACCGGACACAAUCCCGUUAGACAUGAGCGAUGUCGAAGAGGUGGACUACGCAAUGAGGACGGAGCGGGACGAGAGUUCGGACGAAAAAGUUUCCGACACACCGGAGUGCGUCGAUCAAUCUCCCAAGUGUGAGUCCAGUCUGGAACACGAUUUUUUAGACGAGCCGGUCAAGUUGGGACGUGACUCGUUAAAUACCUCAAGCAGCAAUCAAAGCGACUGUGUCUGUGAUAAAAACAAUAAGUCCACCGUUGCGGGCGCUUUAGGUGUUAAGUCAUGCGAAUGCUUGGAGGUAGCCGAAUGCAAGUGUCGAAACAAUAACAACAACAACACUAGUAGCAAUAACAGUCCUGUCGCGCGACCAAGUAGUGGUAUUGAGCAGACAGCAAUUUCGGUACGGGAUAAGAUUCUGCAGGAUUUCUGCGAGGACACGUCGCAGGAACUCAACAUCGGCAAUGAUCUCAUCACGCUGGUAAAGCAUCCGUCAUGCUCACCGCGCUCGACGCCGCAGCGAUUACCCGCCGAUCUCAGAACUAUGACCAUGUGGUCGUCGCCGAUGCUCACUCCGCCGUCUGAUAUCCUACGCACUCGCAAUUCAGAGUCUAGUCACAGAAUUCAGGUGCAACGUAAUAAUAAUAAUAGUAGCCAGCAAUCACGUUCAAACUCUCCUCAACCCAGUGCUUCGCAACAUGAGAACAGUUCCGUGGCUUCCAUAAACCCGUCGCUUCAAUCCGUAUCGAUCACUCCUUCGUCCUCGUCCCGCUUGAUGUCUCCGCCUAUCACAAGAUCUUUCCGUCAUCCGAGUCCGCGCAAGAGAUCGAGUCUGCAUUCGCCUCCGCCCGCCGUUGUGAGCUCGAAUCAGCCGACCCGAACGACGAGAGCCACGCACAAACUAAUUCUCGAAGCGGAAAAAGCAUACGAGUUCACCGACGAGACGCAGGAAGCGACCUGCGAGAAACUAAGUUCGUUUAGAAAACGCCGACUUGCUGACAAGAAGUAUGAAUUCUGUGACGAGACAGAGGACGCGGAGAAUAUAGUUCCUUUCAAGCUCAUACGUGACCAGUUCAAACUCCGUGGCGCGUAUUCCAUACACCAGAUACCUUCUUCGCCGACGAUGUCGUCGGUAAUGCCGAAUGGCCGAAGACACUGGGUCGAUUCUGAUCAGAGCGAAUCAGACGAGUUGAAUCUUGCUCAAGAUAUUAGUGUAUCGAGUGAAUUGUUGAGUACCGAGACAGAAAAAAAUGUUCUCCGACCUUUGAACCAGAAUCAACUGUCCAAUGGGAGCGUGCAUCGAGAUCAUCGGAUAGGUAAAUGCUGUUCGAAUCUCUCACCGUUGGUUCCUAAGAACAACUUGCAGUAUCCUUCAAUAAAGUGUACCGCGCGUUUCAAACGGAGCUACAUAGAACUUGAUGACGAGAUGAUAUCGGUGAUUACAGAUGUAGAAGACGAAGAAACAGGUGGAUAUGUAAGCUACCAAUGUGUGCUUCCAAUGCUCGUGCACGGUUCAGGAUAUGUACAAAUGCAAAUGAUCAGCAACAGUAAAGCAGAAAAACUGAUAGUGCCAUGCGUUUCUAUAACGCAGUUGAGUUUUGAUAUCGAAACGUUCUCUCAUCAUAUAGCAGAUUGGAUCUGUGCGAGAUUCAAGAAAAAAUAUUGGCACUGCAGUGAUUAUGAUAUAGAAAUAAUCGACGUGUGCGCACUUAGUGGCGACAUUAUAUGCUUGCAUAUAAUGAAGAUCCAAGCAAGUGAGUUAUGUAGUCAAACGCAAUGUUCGCAAGAGAGAAAGCAGUAUGAAGUUGGGUGUAAGUUCACGUGGAACAUCAAUACAAGUCAAUACAGAAUAACGGAUGUUUUACCGAUGGAAGAAGUCAAGCUGGAGUCUUGGAAGCUGACGCUCACGAAUAUACCGAAUUUUCGUAGCCAAAUAUGGAAUCCAACACGUCGUUUGGCUACACAGUUGCGUGAAAAAAUUCAACAACCGUACACACAUACCGUACGUUUUCUUCACAACGAGAUGAGCUUAGCAGGUGAGUCUAUAACCAAACUCACCGAUUUGGACAAUCUGGUGCAGUUUUACUUAACACCAAGCGACGCCUUAAUAGAAUAAAAACAAAAACAAAGCCAUUUAAUUAACUGCAAACAAUAAUUUAUUUAUUAUAAUAUAAAUUUUUGCUGUUUUUAUCUAUUUGACGAACAAGUGACAAGUGGCAUAUAAUGUAUAGAAAUGUGUAACUUCGCAUUGUUUAUAGUGUAUAAGUGAAUAUAAAUUUUUCUCGAGCAUAAAUAAUAUCGACAUAAGAAGAGAAAUAUGAGCCAAUGUUGAAAUUCUCUCUCUCUUUAUAUGUCUCUUCCUAGUGUAAUAAUUUAAGUGCAACUUAUUGUUAGAGGCAAUAGACGGUACUAAAUAAUAAUACAACGAAGCUCUCGCAAGUAUUUUGCUCUGAUUUGUAAAAUUUACCAUUGCUCUGUAUACUAUACAUUAAAGUUAUAUCUACGCUGUGUGUCAUGGUAACUACUGCACUUUCAUAAUAUUAUAGUAGAUAUAUAUAGGUGACUAAACUGAUUGUCAAUAAAUGUAUCGUAACGUGGUUUUGAAGUAAUCGGGAGAGAAAGAACGGAGAAUAGUGACAACCGGUCCGAUACUUGGUCCCUAAAAUAAUUAAUUGAUAAUCUAACUCUAAAAAAAAAAAAAAAAA